GCCAAAAGCCCCAACUGUCAUUUCUCUUAAAACCCUACUCAUCUGAGGCUGGCGCUCUCGACACGAAUCAAAAAUGGCUUCCUUCAUAUCAGAAACCAUCCCAAAAUUCACGGCCGAAACCCUAAAAUUCGCUGCUAAACAAUCCGAAGCCUGCCGCGUUAUCCCCCUCCGCCUCCGCCGCGCCAUCAAGAAGUACAUCCGAGAGCAAGAUGUUACGAAUAUGAGGAGAAAUGUGUUGAGCCUGUGUCGAUCGUUCAACGAUAUAAAGGAAGCGAACUUGCUACUACCGAGCUCGACCUCAAAGGAGCUUGUGGAAGAUCCACUUAAGGCCAUGGAAAGCUCACAGAGGUGGAAACUCAGCACUUCUUAUCGCGAUGUUGGUCUUAAGUACCAAGAAGAACAGGCUGUUGCUUAUGUCGCUGCUCGUAUGCCAGCUGUCUACUCUGCUCUCUAUCGAGUCCUCAGUGAGGUGAGAAGAAGAGUUCCCGAUUUUACUCCAGCUAAAGUACUUGACUUUGGGGCAGGGACUAGUUCAGCAUUAUGGGCGAUGAUGGAGGUGUGGCCUGGUUCUGUGGAGCGUAUUAAUUUGGUGGAGCCAUCACAAUCAAUGCAAAGAGCAGGACAGAGUCUAUUUAAAGAUUUAAAAAAAUUGCCGCUAGUUCAAAGCUACAAUAGCAUCCAAUCAUUGAGUAAGCAUAUCAACAAGUCUGGCAGAAGACAUGAUCUUGUCAUUGCUUCAUACGUCCUUGGAGAGGUACCAUCAUUACAGGACAGAAUUACUCUUGUGCGCCAGCUGUGGGAUCUUACAGACGACAUCUUGGUUUUGGUCGAGCCUGGAUCACCACAAGGAUCAAAUAUUAUAUCUCAAAUGCGGUCGCACAUCUUAUGGAUGGAGAAUAGGAGAACACGCAAGUUGCAGAAUGCAGCCAAUAAAGCCUCUACGGAAUUGGUGCCUCUCAAAACUGGUGCUUUUGUAGUUGCUCCUUGUCCCCAUGAUGGACCAUGUCCAUUGCAGAAUACAAACAAAUACUGUCAUUUUGUUCAGCGUUUGCAGAGGACAUCAUCUCAGCGUGUAUAUAAGCGGACCAAGGGCCCUUUACGUGGCUAUGAAGAUGAAAAAUUCUCCUAUGUUGCUUUCAGACGAGGAACAAGACCAAGAGAACCUUGGCCGCUUGAUGGUAUGAAGUUCGACACAUUAAAGGAGAUGCAUGCUAAACGAAUACCAGAAAAUUAUGAUAUUGACGUCGAGUCUCAAUUUGAGAGGGGAGAAGUUCAAUUAUUGGCAGAGAGCCAACUUGGGAGCGACGAAGUGCAGGUUGAUCAGUCUGAAGAAGAAGAAAAACAAAAAGAUGAUCGCAUUAAACGUAAACGAUAUGAAUCUGAUUGCUCAGAAACAGAGGAAGAAACUGAUAAUGAUAAUGCAGACGAAGGAAUCGAAGAAAAAGAAGAAGAAGAAGAAGAAGAAAGUCCAAGUGCUGAUCUAGGGAGUGGGUGGGGAAGAAUAAUAUAUAUGCCUUUGAGGAGGGGCAAAAGAGUCGAAUUGGAUGUUUGCAGAUCCACUAAUGAAGAAGGCACAGAGGGCUCGUUCGACCGUGUUGUCAUUACAAAGAGCAAGAGUCCUGCAUUGCACCAUCAGGCUCGGAGGUCGCUUUGGGGGGAUUUGUGGCCACUUAGGAGUGGGAGAAAUUCCAAAUUUUAUAUGUAAAAUGAUAUCUCGUAAAUUCUUGAUUAGAAGAAAGAGUUCACACGUAGUGUGUGCUCGCUCGCCUUUUAGCGUUUGUACUGAAUUUGAGACGUGUUUGUACUUCACUAAUCGCAGAUAAAUAUAAGUACUAAUUGAUCGAUGUGGACACAAUUAGGGCUGGAAAUUGAAUCCAACGACUCCAUACUCGUUCAUCAAAAGUUGGGUUGGAGUUUUGACAUAGU